UAAGAAGACAGGAAUGGAAUUUCUUACAGGGAGAAAUUGACCAGAAUCAGCGAUUAUUACUACGGGAGUUGGAUACGUUUCUGCAUGAAUUCCAAACAAUCGAAGCCAUGUCUGUAGCUGAGUUAGAGGUGAAUCAAUUAGUGUUACACGUUUUGAAAAAUUCAACGGCAAAACCAUUAUUUGACAAAACCAAGGCGUAUUUAAUACGGGUAAAAGAUGGUAUCCUGCAUUUGAAAGAAUACGCCCGACUUCUAACAGCAGUAGAGGAGGAGGCAAACCAAACGAUUCAGAACAAUGUAAGGCAAGCAGAGGAAAUGAGACGUGGUAUGCAAGGCGCAGACAGAGAACUAAACGAAGCCAAUGAAUUGUGGAUGUGUUAUAAGGUGACCAAUAUUGGCCUGAGAAAGUCAGUCAACAUCGGGCAUCCAUGGCAAACGAAUAUCAACUACUGUGUACAACCAGCAAAAGACUUGGAAAUAUUCAACAAGCAACCGAAACAAAUGGAACUUAUACAACUCAGCCUACAUAUCAGAAAGAUGUUGAGAACUCAACUGCAACUUCUAUCCAGACUCAAGCAUUAAAAGAAUAUCAUAUGAACAACCUUCAACUAAAUGGACUCACUGGUGAUGUUACAAAUUUAUUAAGUUUUCAUCCGAACUUUAAUUCAUUAAUCAGAAUCUUUCGAUUAAAAGAACGGUUAUUGAAUGAUUAUAUAGAUACAAACUCAGAAUGACUUUGGUAAACUUUGAAAACGUAGAUUAUGUUUGAAGUUAAUUGUAUAAUUUUUUACUAGAACUGUAGAACUGUUGAGACCUAUAAAGAAUUGUAGGAAUUUAUUAAACAAUUUAUGUGAAAUAAGGAAAGUUACCUAAUUCAGAUAUGUUUUAAUUUUCGAAAUUAUAUGAGAAUUUUAGGCAGAGUCUGGGAAUGCACAAUCCUCCAAUUGCCUUACAUAAUAAAAAUUAAUAUUGUUAUGGGACAUAGGAAAUCACAAACAGUUGACGUAUUGUCAAAAUUUUCCCACAUUGAGUUUCAGGAAAUUGUUGGCUGAUCGUAAAGUACAUGGUGCUAUGCUAUAUUUUGCAAACCUUAUAUUGCCUUAUCAAAUGGUUAUUAAAUUUAUGGGAAAAUAGAUUUUGCACGUCGUGAGAAUUGGCAGAGAAUUAAAUAUUUUCCAUCAACGCUGCAAAGUUAUUAUCUCGUAAAAAGCUGGAUAAUCCCUUAAGAGCCCAAGAAAACAUGUUUUCCCAUGGAUAAUCACUAAUGCAUUGCUGAAGUUCCCAGAUAGGAAAUUUAUAAAUAGAUUCAGCUGCGUUGGUUUAAUGGCUUCCGUAACUUGUAUUCCCAUGACUCCCAGUUAUUAAAAAAUUCUUUGCAAAUGACUCAUGUAUAACCAAGUAUAUUUGAAGUUUGUUAUUUUUUCUUAUUCCAUUUAACUUUGUAACUGGCUCUGACGUAUGGUGUUUUAUUAUUAUUGGUAUAUUUUCAUUGAUUAAUAGUUAAUGUAAUAUCAUGUAAUCAUGAGAUCAAGGAUGAUCGUGGGACUUAUAUUAAAAGUUAUGCUAGAGCAUAUUUGCCAGGCGGAACUUAAUAUAGGAAAUAACAUAGAUCAUGUAUGGACAUAGUGUAUUAUAGUGACCACGGAAGUAAUACGCAUUUAUGGUAUUACGUCAUUCAAAUAUGGGAUGCCCAAGUUUGGUUGGUCAGUAAAAAUAAAAUAAUAAAUAAAUAGACCACACGAAUGUAUUGUGGAAUUGCACAAUAAGCUUAAAGGAAUAAUUGUAACGACUUAUGCUCACCAUUGACAAUAAUGUAAAUGUAAUUGUAGUUUAUUAUCAUUAUUGUUUAUAUUUUUAUUGUGUUGGUAUACUCAACAUUUGAUUUUAUAUUACCCUAUAUACUUAUGUAACUUGUUUAUUAUUAUAUGAAUGUAAAUUGUAAGUUUGAACCUUUAAUUAAUGAACUAACCGGACGUUUGACUUACUCAUACGAUAAGCCGGUGCCCUUCGUAACAGAGAAAUUCCUAAGGAAAGACUUGAAGCCUUCUCAUGUACUUAUAUUAUGAUGAGUCGUAAACCUUAGUUAUUUUUAUUAAUUAUAUAGUGGAAGUUAUAACCACAUACUUAAUGUGACUAUUUAAUGGUGCUGUUUCAAUUUGUACAUUAAAACCCAUAAAAAAUAAUAAAAGAAACAGCUAAAAAUUCUUGAUACAAACCAAUACUAUUGAUCGCCGCAUCUAAAACAAAAUGGCGGCCACAAAGGAAAAACCAAAAUGGCGGCCACAACGAAAAAACAAAAUGGCGGAUACGUGUAACUUAUGUUUUUUUUGAAAUUGUUAAGACAUCGAAACUUUAAAAUAAGAUUUGACUAUACUAGUUGAAAAAAUUUUUGAACAUUGAUGUCUUUGUAUGUUGCUAAUAAUGUAUGAUGUUUAUCUCAUAUAUUUUUUUGGAAUUAUUUUAUCCUAGACAACGAUAAUGAACCCAAGAGUAAUCAAGGGCAAAUUGAAUGUACCCCACCCCCUGUGGGGUGUGUUUAAUUAAGGCCCCAAAAAUCUCUAUAACAUACUGGGGGCUUCGUCUCGGUCUUUCUAUUUUUUAACCGGGGGAGGGAAUGUUUGUUUGCGGGUAGUAACGCACCGUGUUAGGUGGGCAUAGCGGAAGCCAAUGCUGGGAGGGGCCUUGACGGUCUAAAGGAAAUUCCUGAUAGAAGCCCUGCACUGAACUCGAGUGUUGUUUUUUAUGCAACAAGACACCCCAUGCCCCGUGUUGAGAAUAUUAAGGAACUAUACUGAAACUAUCUACAAAUGUGCAUGUUGUAUUUUUUUUGAAUACUUCGCAAAUAUGAUCAAGUGUUUUUCAGUAUAAAUUUGAAAUAGGUUACCGUAUUACAUGUGUGCAUCACUUUAAAAAAAAAAUAGGAUAUAGGAUGUCUGACACGUUAUAUUGUUUUGUUUAUAUGUUAUUUAAUAAUCUGGGAUCAAGGCACCGUAAUAAGGGUGUUCAGUGGGAAACUAACAUUGGUUACGGGGAGCCUGACGGUCUAUGGUUAAUUCCUGAUAGGCGCUCUGCUUUUGACCCAACGUUAUAGUUUUGAAAAACAGUAUAAUGAUGUUAAGAUAUCUUAUAUCAUAUUCCGAAUUUUAUCUUAAGUGUGUUAUGCUAUUUUAAGAAAUUUGUAUUGUGUUUAUAACAAUUUUUAUGAUGCAAAAACAAAUUAGUAAAUAAUUUCAUUGUAUUUAAAAUGUUAAAUGUGUGUUAGUAUGGUUAUAUUGUAUUUUAUUUAUUUAUAUAACUGUACUAAUAUUGGAGUA